CCGGCUACGCGGAGAGACAAAUCGAUAGUCAUUAUUACUUCAAGAUGGAUGAAAUACUCGCCCCCCUCCAGGAUAUCUUCGAGGCUCAAAUAGAUUUCCAUGGCCAGCGCCUUGCCGAAAUACUAAGUACCGUUUUACUCAUUCUCUUCGGCGCUAUUGGGUUCAUCGCCGGUUACAUAUACCAAGACAUCUUCAUAACGGUUUUGAUCGGGACGGUUGGGCUAAUUUCAACGAUGCUGGUUGUCGUACCGUCAUGGCCGAUCUAUAACAAACACCCCGAACCCUGGCUGGUGCCGGGUAUUGGAGGAGUGCAAGGGGGAGGAAUUGUGGUAGGAAACGUUAAAGCGCGCUGAGGACUAGGAUUUGGGGAAAUACGUAUAGAAUCACUGUGGGAUAUAGACCGCUGCGGCUGUCUCAAGGAUAGCAAAUGCUUCCUUGGACAAUCACCUCCCGCAGAGAAGAUGCACACAAGCGAAUGCAUACACUGGGAGGAGUUUGACGAGAUGAAAUAAUUCCAGAUGGGGCCUGA